AAAACGCAUGGAUAUGAAUGAUCCUAACAGUUUAUUAGAUGAGUUGGGUCCACGGUUCAAGGAUUGGUCAGGCUGUGAGCCAGUUCCAGUUGAUGCUGACUUGCUCCCUUCAGAGGUUCCUGGAUAUAAACCUCCAGUUAGGCUUCUUCCUUAUGGGGUUAGACAUUGUCUGAGAAACAAAGAGAUGACCAGGUUUCGUAGACUUGCAAGAACGAUGCCUUCACAUUUUGCCCUGGGAAGAAACAGAAAGCUGCAAGGUCUUGCUGAGGCCAUGGUAAAGUUGUGGGAGAACAGUGCUAUUGCAAAAAUAGCAAUUAAACGCGGCGUGCUAAAUACUUGCAAUGAUAGAAUGGCUGAGGAACUGAAGAAUUUAACUGGGGGAACACUACUUUCUAGGAACAAAGAUUAUAUUGUGUUUUACAGGGGCAAUGACUUCUUGCCUCCUGUGGUGGUAGAAGCAUUGAAAGAGAGAGAAAAACUAACAGAUGUGCAGGCAAAUGAGGAAGACCAAGCACGUCAGAGGGCCUCAGCUGCAAUUGAAUCAAAAUUAAAAGCUUCUAAAAGCCCACUUGUUGCUGGCACUCUUACUGAAACUCUGGCUGCCACCUCUCGGUGGGGGAAUGAAAUAAGUAGCAAAGAUGUUGAGCAAAUGCGUAGAGAUGAAUCACUCAAUAAGCACGCUGCACUCUUGAAAUAUCUUGAGAAGAAACUUGCUCUUGCUAAAGGGAAGGUCAAAGGGCUGAGAAAGCUCUAGCAAAAGUGCAGGAGAAUCUUAGACCAGCAGACCUUCCAGUUGAUCUGGAAACCAUAAGUGAUGAG